GUUCCCACUAGACUCCUUCAUUCUACACAGGUCAGAGACCAUCAUACUUUACACUGCCAAGACCGUAUCAUUCUCUACACAGCCCACAGCAGACAUGACACUUCUCCUGCUCCUACUCUCAGCCGGUGUAUGCUGCACAGCCGCACUCAGCCGCCUCAAACAGGUUCAUCUCAUUGAAAGGAGUUUAAACUGGACAGAAGCACAGGACAUCUGCCGGGAGAACUACACUGAUCUUGUCACUUUGUACAAUCGGGAGGAAUCUGAGCAGCUGAUACAGUUAAUGGCAUCUCAAUGCAGCUAUAAAGCCUGGAUAGGUCUCCAUCGCACAGAGCACAGUCUGAAAUGGUCCAAUGGAGACACUGUUAAUGACACUGCAUGGUCACCACUUCCAAGCCCGUGCACAGAGCCAACGUGUGCAGCCAUACUCAAAGAUAAUACAACAUGGGAGAAUUGUAAAGAGCAGAAAUACUUAAUGUGUUACAGAGAAGGGUCUGGUGAUUCCUUCCUGAUUGAACAGAACAUGACCUGGUAUGAGGCUCAGAGUUACUGCAGGGAGAACUACACUGACCUGGUCAGCAUCAGGAACGAGGGACAGAAGGAGGAAGUGAAGAACAAAGGGAUGAACAGCACCUCUUCUUACUGGAUCGGCCUCCUGUAUGAUGACUGGGAGUGGUCUGAUGGAGGGAGAUCUGCCUACAGAGACUGGUCCACAGUGUAUGUUCCACAUGUAUACUAUCCUAUAGCAGAACAGAAUCACACUGUUCUUUACCAGACUCCAAAAGGUAUACUCACAGUGGGAAAUGGAGGUUAUGAAGGAUGUACACUCUGCUCUGAAGGAUCAGUUCGCAUCCACAAUAUCAGUGAAAGCAAGUCUUGGGAACAGGCUCUGGACUACUGCAAGAAGAACUACCAUGGACUGCUGCGUAUUGAGACAGAAGAAGACCUGGAGGUGAUCAAGCAGAAGUUUAAUGGGACUGAUUUUACUGGUCCUGUGUGGGUGGGUCUGAGACAGAGCCGUCUCUUUGGGUUCUGGGUCUGGUCCAAUGGGCUGCCAGUGGGGUGGAGUAACUGGGAGGGAGACAGACAGCCUGAACAGCCUCUGUCCAACCAUUGUGGUGCCAUGACAAUGGAGGAGGGAUACAAGUGGAGUGAUCAGGAUUGUCUGUCCAAACUCUACUUUAUUUGUGAAGGAUAAUUUACAUACAUUUUCCCAUUUAAUUAACUGUCUUUACCAUUCCUCACAUUUUGAUUGAUAUGUGUUUUUUUUAGGUAAUUGCUGAUUGAAAUCACAUUUGCAAAUCUGUUUUUAUGUUUUAACCUUUCAGCAUGCAAUGCAAUGUACAAUACACCUUGUCAUUGGUUUAACUUAUCAAAAAUCUUUGAGUAAAAUUGUGUGAUAUUUCAGAUAUUUUAAAAAUGUACACAAUAAAAUGUAGAUAAUUUUGUCAUGUGAUUAAAAUAUUAUAUUCUCUCGUCUUAACAUGUUUGCCAUUAAGCAAACUCGUUUAUCCUAGGUUUACCCAUAGUCAUCCCUAUUGUAACUAUGGGUUACUGGAAUUAAUACUCUAGAUAGCCUAAAUACAAUUAUAUUUAGUUAAUAGUAUCAUGCAUGUUAACGAUGACUAAGGAAAUAAAAUGAUAGUAAAGUAAUAUAUUGUAUAUUAUGGAUAUUGUAGGAAUAAUGGAAAUACUGAGUUUGUUUUUCUAUUGUAUCUCUUCUCCCAAUUUCUGUUCCCAACUUGACAAAAAUAAACAAAACAUAAAAUA